AUCGCGUGACGCAAUCAUAUCUGGACUGCCUCGUGCCGUAGGAUCUCGUCUCGUCGUCGUCGCAUCGGUUCUCUUUUCUCGCCUCUUCGACCCUUACGUCAGAUUUCACCUGUCAAAAUGAACGGCAUAGUGAGGAACGCGUUACGUGCUUCGACCCUGCGCAGCGUACUCACGUCGACGACGACGACGACGACGACGUCCUCGUCCGGUGCCGGUCAACCCGCCAGGGCGUUGUGGAACAUGUGCGCACGUCGGCAAACCGGCGAAGUCGCGCCGCUCGUCUCCUCGUUCAAGCUCCAGGACUCCCGCAGGUGCUACAGCAGAUCCCACACGAAAGCGGAGAAAGAAUUAGUGGAAUUUCUUGCGGAAGAAAUAGUAGCCGAGAAGAAGGCACAGAAAUUAAAGACAAUUCCGACAACACUAGAUGGAUUCUCAGUAUCUCUCAAUGGUGCAGAAGUUAAUCUGGAAAAGAAAGAUGCUAAUGAUACAAUUCAUAUUUCCUUCAACGUGAAUCAUACGGUAGAUGCUGACAGUGAUGGCGAUGUUGAUCCUCGUCAGGAUGACGUGGAGAUAGGUGAAAUGAAGAGCAAACCAACAUUCACAGUAGAUAUAAUUAGGGGCAACCAAACUCUGGGCUUCACAUGUUCCUUUAACAACCAACCUGGUGCAUCAGGCGCUGAUGAUAGCUACAAUGACAUAUUUGGCAUCGAUGAAAUCACACUGUACGAGGGAGAACACAGUGAGAGAGUCUACUCUGUGGCUGGUGAGAUUCUCGAUGGUUAUCUGUACGAUCUACUGAUGAACUAUCUCGAAGAGAAAGGCAUCUCGAACGAGUUUGCGGAUAAGCUUAUCGAUUUAAGUACAUCCUAUGAACAUACAGCGUAUGUCAGCUUGCUGGAAGGCCUGUCAAAGUUCACAUCGGGAAAGUAAUUCUAGGACAUUAUUGUUAAGACAUUUCUUGCGUUUUCUGAUAUCAUAGUUGUAUCAUUAAGAAUUGUUAAUAAACAAAUGUAUGAUUAAUUUUCGAAAUUAUUCAAAAGAAAUAGAAAAAUCCAUUAAAACACA